CAAAGAGAUCUCGCCAUCGCCCGCUAUCCUUUCAUACACUUCACUCUCAAUAUCAUUGCUUGCUAAACUCUUUUGUGUAUGUAUCAUUAUCAAAAAAAAUCUCUGUGAUCAAAGAGCAGAGCGGGAUCGUAACUAAUCCAGGGCUGAUUGAGGCCAUUUGUGGGUAGGCUGGCUGUGACAGGAUUGACACUCAACAAUGACAGAGAAUUAUCUAGAUGAUGUUAUUCAAAGAUGGAGAAACACCCCAGAAAAAGAUUUUAAACCAGAAGAUCAUGAACUCUUUCUGAACGUUGGUCAAAUGUGCAUUGCUCAGGGUGACACGGCACAACUGCGGGAUUUUAUCAGCGAUGUGAAAAAUCAGGACAUAGUGAAGUCUAUGGGCAGUGGUCUCCUAAGGCCACUGAUUAAGAAUGUGGUACAGAAAGAGAGGGAUUCUGUACAGUGUCAGGCUGUGAUCACACACCUUUUACAGAUCUGCAGUGCAAACAACCUCUUGGACAUCUUACUCAGGCAGGUGGAGGAAACUGAGCCUGAUGUGAUUGCGGACACCAUCACUCUGCUCAUGCAACAUAUUCAAACAGUGCUGAUGAGACUUGGUGAUUCAAAGCCUGCCUUGUUGGGCCUGGCCCUGGAUGCUCUGCACAAACAGAUCUCGAAGUUGCCGGUACCAUAUGCACACAAACAGGAAGAGGAAGACAAACACGGCCUCGGUCGCUGCUGCACUGCUUUGCUGACCUUUGUGCAGCCAUUUGUGCAGGAAGUCAAAAUUCAAGACGUGAAGAAUCCAGUAGAAAACACAUAUCAUACAAGAUUGAGGACUGUGCUUCUCAAACACUGCAUGAAGAGUCUGAAAGAACCUCUCCUUGAAGCUCAACUUGAUAAGGAGGCUCACACGUCCCAGAACUCUCCGCUUUGGAACUUUGCCACAGAGUUAAUGACUACCCUGCCUGCUAUUCAGGAGCCUCUACCCAAACUCCUGUUCUACUAUCCCUUAAGAGUGAAAGAGGGCAAGCAAGAUGUGCAAUAUGAUAGUGACUUGCCUGAAUCGAGAGCUUGCCUGGCCUACUUGCUCUUUGUCCAGCUUAUUGCCAUCGAACUGUUCCCUGCUGUCUUUAGCCCAGUGUUUGUCCUGCAGUGCAACAUGGAGUACGUCAACAUUUUACUGAGCAGAAAAGAUGAAACAUGGAUCUUGAAAGGUCUGGACCUGUAUGUUAAAAGCUUGGAGAGAAUUCUGGACAACACCCUUCCAGUAGAGUUACUUGAGUUGAAGAUAUUUCAUUCAGUUUCACGAAAUCUAAUUCUAAUCAUGACUGACUGUCCUAUCCAGCAUUUGAGAUUAAAAGCUCUCAUGGUAUUUCAGCUUUUUAUAGAGAAACUCAAAGGGGAAGCCAAACAUAAAUUCUUCAGGUGCAUAAUAAAAACCAGUCAGCAUGCAGGGGUGGAAAGCUUCAUUCUCUCAAACAUCAAAAAUCAAGUGGAGCAAACAAGCAAGUCAGAACAGAUGGACAGCUGGUUUAAGGGGACAUUGCUGCUAGCACUCCUGAGGGACACUCUGAGUCUACCUCAAGGCCCAGAAACAGAUAUACUGCAUGGGAUGGACAGAAUCAUGGUGUCUUUAAAUCUUCUGAGAUAUCUACUCAUCAGAGAGAGAACCAGACCAACAGGUAUUUGGAAUGACCUUUGUAUUAUUGCUGAAAACUACAUAAAGACACUGCGUGUGUGUCUCAGCAUGUCAAACUCAUACUAUGGGUCAGAGCUAAAGAGACUUCAUGAGGACAAAAAGGUCAAAAUAAAGGAAUGGAAAGAGAGCUCAGGAAAGAAAACAAUUCAGCAUACAAUAGGUGGAAUGCAGAGUGAGGAACAGGAGAUGGUCCUUCAGUCUGCACUUGUUACAUAUGAUCUGAUGGAGAGUCUCGUCAUCCGAAUAGAGGAAAUCCUAGAGGAGAGGGCGUAACAUGAUCCGUACCAUCCUUUCUUUUUUUUCUUCUUUGCCAAGUGGACUUGUACUUUGUAGAUCCUAGUUAAAUGUGUAUGAUCUCUGCUAAAUGUGUAUCAGUUUGUGCUCUAGGUGCUGAAUCUACUAAAUUAAAAAGAAAGAAAACUCUAAUCAGGAGCUGCCAAGAAGAAUUUAUUUACUUACAACAAGAAAAACACAUCCCAUAUUAUACAUAUUACAGAAUAUUGUGAAUAUAAAGUUUUUAUAGAUGCUGUGAUAAUAAAUUAUCUGGAUUGAGCAAUUAUUCUAGAACAAAUUAAUUGAACGUGAGAUUGAAAAUAAAAGUGAUUGUGUGUAUUGAUGUAGAAGUGCAGCUGCAUCGCCAGUAUUUAUGUUGUUUGCGCUUUGUAAACUAAAAUUGAGGUGAUCGAAAUAACUUUAAAUUUCAUUUUACACUUUUUUAAACAACGUUUCAAGGCUGUGUUCGAUGAUGUGGGCUCGAGCUGAAUGCAUCCGCUCCCGCACACUAUCCACAUGUGGUUUACUGGUGGCCUGCAAUGUAUAACUUGUACUUUGACCUCUGAUAACCUCAUAAUACAACUAGCAGUGACAAAAAAAAAAACACCUGGUGUAUAGUUGUAGUGAAUUUUUUUUUCUAUUUGACAUGAAUUACUAAUAAAAUGUAUUCAAGAGCAAACAAAAUCGGUCUAAAUUAAUAACAGUAUAUAAGGAGCUGUUUAAAUGUAUCACUAUAUUUCUUUAUUAAACAGUCCUAAUCACUAUACAGUAUCAGCUGGGUUUAGCCUCUAACUUUUAAACUCUAAAUCUUUUUAAACCUUGUUGUUGUUCUGUUGCUUUGUAAUUGUUUUCCAUAGCUGAUAACUUCAUGUGACAAAAGACUACUCUGAUGUAAUGAGCAAUCAAUGCAUUAAAUGAUGUAUUUCCAAAAA